UUUCCCAUCAAAACCUCCAUUUUCAUAAACUAGAAACACAUACACACCUAGUGCUAGUAUAUACAUAAUACAUACAUAUAUGGAGGGAAGAUUUGAUGAUGAACAAAGUGAGGAUUCCACCCUCACUCCUCCACCGGAGAAUGCGGCGGAUUCUCCAAUUUCCGGCGAUGAAGAAGCAUAUGCUCCAUCUCCCAAAAAAAGUAGGAGGGGUGCUAAUAAAAGAGUGGUGGUGGUGCCCAUCGGCGACGGUUGCCGGAGUAAAACGGAGGUGUAUCCGCCACCGGAUUCAUGGUCGUGGCGGAAGUACGGCCAAAAGCCUAUAAAAGGAUCGCCUUAUCCCAGGGCAUAUUAUAGAUGUAGUAGCUCCAAAGGGUGCGCAGCCAGGAAACAAGUUGAGAGAAGCCGCCUUGACCCCACCACCCUCCUUAUCACCUACUCCUCCAAUCACACCCAUCCUCUCCCCACCACCACCAAGCACCACGGCCCACCUCCGCCCGCCGUGGCAGCCUCCUCGGCCGCAGAGCCAACGAUCACAUCCUCGGACGAGAUGUGUCCGGCCGAAGACAGAUUUGUCGAGCUGGCCGGGGAGUUCGGCUGGAUGAGUGACGCGGGGCCCACUGUCGUGGACGGGGCGGCCCUCGUGGGCCCCGCGUGGGGCGCCAAUGCCGACGUGGAGUUCGUUGGAGAAGAGGACCAGCUCCUAUUCGGUGACCUCGGGGACUUGCCCGAGUACGCAAUGGUGUUCCGGAGGCACCGACCGUGUUGUGCCGAGUGCACAUAGGUGGUGUUCGGUUUCCAAGAUAAAAUAAUACUCAAAGAUAUAAUCUAGGAUUGACAUGUGAGAUUAUUUUAGUCAUAUGUGGUUAGCUAUUACUAAUUAUUCCAUGAUUAUCCAUA